AUCAAUCCAGUAAAGUUGAUCAACACAAGAACACUGUUAACCAUAAAUUCUCAUUUUUGCUUUAUUGCAGUUAUUUGUGAAUGAAUUUGGCCGAAUAUGGAUCCAGGUGGCGGAAGUCUUGGAUUGCAAACACAGGAAUCCAAAAUGCCUCACACUAUGAUCAUGCAAGAUUUUGUGGCUGGAAUGGCUGGCACUGCUCACAUCGAUGGAGACCACAUUGUUGUGUCAGUCCCCGAAGCUGUCCUGGUUUCUGACGUGGUGACGGACGAUGGGAUAACCCUUGAUCAUGGCUUGGCAGCUGAGGUGGUGCAGGGGCCCGACAUCAUCACGGAGACGGACGUUGUCACCGAGGGCGUCAUCGUUCCCGACUCUGUGUUGGAGGCUGAUGUUGCCAUCGAGGAGGCUUUGGACACCAGCGACCACGUUUUGACUUCUGACCUGAUCACAGAAACCGUGCGCGUUCCCGACCAGGUGUUUGUGGCAGACCUUGUCACGGGCCCUGAGGGACACCUGGAGCACGUGGUGCAAGACUCCGUGGCCGGCGCCGACUCGCCCACCAUGGUCUCGGAAGAGGUGCUGGUGACCAACUCGGAUUCGGAAGCUGUCAUCCAGGCAGCUGGGACUGUCCCUGGCUCCACGGUCACCAUCAAAACCGAGGAUGACGAUGAUGGCAAGAGCACGUCUGAAGACUACCUGAUGAUAUCUUUGGAUGAUGUUGGGGAGAAAUUGGACCAUAUAGGAAGCACUCCCUUGAAGAUCAGCACCGAGGUGGCAAAUGAUGAUGUUGCUAAAGAUGAUGGCUUUGGUUCAGAAGUUAUCAAAGUCUACAUAUUUAAAGCUGAAGCUGAAGAUGAUGUUGAAAUAGGUGGGACAGAAAUUGUCACUGAGAGUGACUUUCACAAUGGCCAUUCUGUAGCUGGAGUCAUUGAACAAGGAGGUGUUGGGAGAAUGCAGCGAGAAAAAAUGGUUUACAUGGCUGUUAAGGACUCUUCUCAGGAAGAUGAAGAUAUUAGCUGUGCUGAAAUAGCAGAUGAAGUUUAUAUGGAAGUUAUUGUAGGGGAAGAAGAAGCCACAUCCCUUCCAGACACCCAGCUUGAGGACUCUGGCGUGAAUAAAACAUUUGUCCCCGUUGCUUGGGCUGCUGCUUACGGAGAUGAAAGAAGACUUCCCCGAAGAUACGAAGAUGGUCAAGCGGCAGGAAAUAACUUGGAUACACGAUUAGAAAACAAAAACGGUAAUGCAACACAGUACCUGCAGAUUUGUGAUAGCAUUAGCACUAAUAGAGUGCUCAAACAAAAAACCAAGAAAAGGAGGAGAGGAGAGGCCAGGCAAUGGCAAACAGCUGUUAUAAUAGGUCCUGAUGGACAGCCCUUAACAGUUUACCCUUGUCAUAUUUGUGGGAAAAAAUUUAAAUCCAGAGGAUUCUUGAAAAGGCAUAUGAAGAACCAUCCCGAUCAUAUGAUCAAGAAGAAAUACCAGUGUACAGACUGUGACUUUACAACUAACAAAAAAGUAAGUUUCCACAAUCAUCUGGAAAGCCAUAAACUUAUAAAUAAAGUUGAUAAAACGCACGAGUUUACAGAGUACACGAGAAGAUACAGAGAGGCGAGUCCGUUGAGUUCCAACAAACUCAUCCUGAGGGACAAGGAGCCCAAGCUCCACAAGUGCAAAUAUUGUGACUAUGAGACUGCAGAGCAGGGGCUGCUCAACAGGCACCUGCUGGCAGUCCAUAGCAAGAACUUCCCUCAUGUGUGCGUGGAGUGCGGGAAGGGCUUCCGCCACCCCUCGGAGCUGAAAAAGCACAUGAGGACCCACACGGGGGAAAAGCCAUACCAGUGUCAGCACUGCGUGUUCAGGUGUGCUGACCAGUCCAACCUGAAAACUCACAUCAAAACCAAACACGGCACCGACCUGCCCUUUAAAUGUGAGCACUGUCCCCAGGCCUUCGCCGACGAGAAGGAGCUGCAGCAGCACACCGAGCUCUUCCAAGGGCAUAAGACUCACCAGUGUCCCCACUGUGACCACAAGAGCACCAACUCCAGUGACCUGAAGCGACACAUCAUUUCAGUGCACACCAAGGAUUUUCCCCACAAGUGUGAGGUGUGUGAGAAAGGCUUCCACCGGCCCUCGGAGCUCAAAAAGCAUAGCGAGACCCACAAAGGGAAAAAGAUCCACCAGUGUAGGCACUGUGACUUCAAAACCUCGGAUCCCUUUGUGCUCAGUGGGCACAUCCUCUCCGUUCACACCAAGGACCUGCCUUUUAAAUGCAAAAGGUGUAAAAGGGGCUUCAGGCAGCAGAACGAACUGAAGAAGCACAUGAAGACCCACAGUGGCAGGAAGGUGUACCAGUGCCAGUACUGUGAGUACAGCACCACGGACGCGUCGGGCUUUAAGCGCCACGUCAUCUCCAUCCACACCAAAGACUACCCCCACAGGUGUGAGUACUGCAAAAAGGGCUUCCGCAGGCCCUCCGAGAAAAAUCAGCACAUAAUGAGGCACCACAAAGAGGCCAUAAUGUGAUAGGUGAGCUCCAGAGGAAGCGAUGUAGAAACUGUGAUAUGCUAAUUGGGGAAAAAAAUAAAUCUCACGAACUGUUUCUCCUGGUUUCAAAGCUUGAUAUUAAACCAUAACUUUACAUUCUUUGUAUUAAAAGUCUUAAAAAGUAUUAGGGUUGGCAGGGGAUCUCAUAGCCCUAUGAUUGUUGCUGAUCAGAACCUAAAGAGCACUAGAGAAUGCAGAGGAUGGAUGAAUGUUUUAAAUUUGCAGAAAGAUGGAUGAAUGUCUCCAAGUGAACAGUAUUUGCCAUUGCUGAGUCUAGAGGACAGGGCAGAGCUGAUUGUGUGACCCAUUCUGUCAGUCCCAACGUGUCUCCAGUAUGGAAACAGAUCCCUGGUGGGGUGAGCUACAGAGGGUUUGCAAAGGAGCCCCCUCUUCACUUCUUGUGCAGUUUGGAACGGGGAGUUUUAGUCAGACACUUCAUCACAACGUUUUCAAUUGUGCCUAGAAUUUGAAUUCCAGAGCUGGCAAAAUUUGGGGGGGUGGUGAGGGGGGUGUCCCUUGUUUGGUUUGGGGUGUUUUUUUUCAAACAUUUCAUAGGGAAACUUUUUGGUUUCCUUUAUUAGUUUAGGUCCAAGAAGCAUUUUUUUACUGGUUUUCAAAGCUGCUAACCUAUUUUAUUGCAGGAUAUGAUGUUUAAAAUAGAGCAUUAUGUUAUGGUCUCAGAGGUGGUGUUCUGGUGCUAGGGUUAAAGAUGUAUAUGUGUAUAAUUUCCCUUUUUUUAUCUGAAACUACAGUUGAAUGUUGUUCAGUAUGGCACAUAUAACAAAAUUAACUUUGAAUUAGACUUUUUUUUUUUUUAAGGAUGAAAAUGGAUGCAGCUCAUAGUGUUGUGACUCAACACUAAUUUUUUUCAUUGCUACUUUAAAGUCUUCUCUAAAAAGAAUAUUAAAAGCAGUUGAAAACUGUAGGGGUUUUUUAAUUAAAAUUCAAAGUACUUAGAGGUUCUUUAGGGCAGUGUUCUUAACAGGUAUGGCAGUUACUGUCCUACCUCCUAAUAGGAAAUUUUCCAUAUAGACAUAAAAAUGCACCUUUUAAUCGAUUCUUUUAAAAAAAGAUCUAUACCAUGCUAUAAACAUGCAUUUUCAAUCUGUAAGAAAGUAUAUAUGCAGUAUUUAACCAGAAAAAUCUGCUGCCACUAGAGUUUGGAGGUGGAUCUUGAGUUUACAGUGUAUACAUUUAAAAUAUGCAUCCCUUUAAAAAUGCUUUGUGUUAGCAUGCUGCAAAUCCAAUGGCGCUUAUAUAAUGAGCUGGUCUAGGGCUAUUUAAUGAAAAACCUGGUCAUAAAUGUUAUGCAUAUAAUGUGUAUUUUUUACUUUUUUUAGUUGCUUCAUGUUUGCACACAGCUGUUCACAUGAGAAAUUGUAACUUCAUGCUAUAUUGUGGCUUUGUGUUCCAGAUAAUGUUCAUAUUUUGUUUUUGCACCAGAUGAGAAUCAGUUCCUUGAGAAUAAAUUUUUUUUAUAUUUCUAAACUUCAGAAAGUUAAAAUUUGGGAAAUCUCUUAGACAAAUAAGUGUUUUAUGUGGCUGUAAAAAAUGAUGUACACGCUGUAAAAUAAGAUUGUCACUGUUCUGUGGGAUUAUUAUUUCUAAAUGUGUUACUCAUCGUAACGGGCAUACAAUAAAACGCAUCUCUUGCACUCCAGAUUUUUUGGAGUUUCCUUUUCAUUUAUGGUGUUUAGGAAAGUCCCAUUCUCUGUAAAUUUGCCUGAUAAUUUUAAUUGCAUUAUUCACUAAUUAAUAUGUAAUCACUUUUCAAGUAAACAGGUUUCUGCAGGGCUAUUUAUCAGACUGUUGAGGAGAGAACAUUGGGUUUGAUUUAACCCUUUAGACUUACAGGUAAUGUAUUUGUGUUUUGUUUUGCUUAUUUCUAAAAUAAUUAUCAAAUGUGAUACUGACAUUCCUUUGAAUUUUUUUUUUACCUUUAAGAGAACAAAAAAACUUCUCACAUAUUUUGGGAAAAACCAGGUAGGUUUUUGUCUUUAUCUGUGCAAUAGAUAGAGCUUGCAGAAUGGAAUUCUAAAAAUGCUGCUAUCCUAAAUUCCCUCUCUUUUUAGAAUACUUGAAUUACAACAUCAGUGGCAGAUUAAAAAGCUGAAGAAGAACAUGUGCUAUUAAAUGAACCCUUCAUCGAGGAUUUUCAACGGGCUUUGAGCCACUGAACUUGUAGAUUUUGCACAAAGAGCAGAAAUUAAGCAGACAGGAAUGAAUUCAUCUGGGUUUUGUUGCUGCUUUUCCUUCCAUGCCCAGCAAUCAGGAAGGAAAAAAUCUUAGUGAUUUAAAGCUGUGGAUUUCUGACAAUGUCAGUGCUUUGUUCCUGAGUGUUAUGUUGAAUACACGGACCCAAGGAGUUUCUUCAUUGCCUGAAGAUGAUCCCUGACUGCCCAUGGCUGUGCUGGCUCCACUUUCCCCCCUACACAUGGACCAAAGCAUCAGGUUUCAACUGCCCACAAUUAAAGGUAAUAAACUGGAGAGUAAACACGGAAGAGCUGCAGCAGAACUCUGGAGGUAAAGCUUUGUCCGAGCUGUGGGAAACACCUGGCCCUGGUGGGAGCACAAGGAGCACCUGCACCCAGACACCUGCACAGAUUGCCUCAGGACUGGCUGAAGAACAGGAGCUAGUCAAGAACAGCUGAAGUCCACAGAAGGAUAGCAUCCCACUCUUCCGAGGGAAAAGUUUCAAACUACCACCAGUGUCUUUGAGUAAAGUGACUGCACAAUCAGAAGACACCCAAGAAGUGCCUGUGGUGGAUGUGUGCUGCUGUAACUGCAGGAGCAGCUGUCCCUGCACACAGCCAGUGGCAGCAGAGCCCCUUACCCUGAGGCUGCGGAUCUCCCUGUCCUUGUCCUCCCUCAGGUUGUUGAUCAUCUCCACGUAGCGGCUGGAGAGCUCGUCCGUCGUGGUCUGCAGGGUUGGGCUGGAGCAGCUCUGCAGCAAAGAACCCAUUUGUAGUUUACAAUGAGAGUGUAAAUCAUUAGUUUUCCUACACUGAUCCCUCUGAGUCUGGGACUCAGCUACUGCAGCCAGCCAGGUGAGCUCUCACCUGCAGCUUGAGGCUCUGGAUCUCCUGCUCCAGGGCCCUCUUGCUGUACUCCAGCUCCUUCAGCUGGCAGUCCUUGUCACCCUCGCUGAGCCGCAGGGACAGGAGCUGUUCCUCCAGGGAGCGGCAUCUGGCAGUGCUGUCCCUGAGCCCUUGCUGGAAAGCACAGGGGGAAUGAGCACAUGGAAUUUCUCAGGGGAGGAACAGCAUCACACACGCAGCAGGGAGCAGUUCUCAGAAUACCCAAAAGUCAGCAAACUGCCCCCAUUUUGGCUGCCUGGAAUGACACUGAAAAUGUUUCUUGAUUCACCUGCUGCUGACGAUUGUUCUCCCUCAGAGAAGCCAGCAUUGUUUCAUAUUCUUUGACUUGAGAAUCCUUAAAAGCCAAAUCCUUCUUCAGCAAGACAUUGUCAGUUUCCAGCUUCUGCAGGACAAAAGUCAAAAAUUGUCAGUCAAAAGCUGCAAUUUUUCAGCAAACUCUUCCCAUAAAGUACAACACAGUCAUUAAUAAAGGGAUGUUUUAGAACUGAGAGAAUGCUCAACUUUCAUGAAAGUUUGGGGUUUAGGUACACAGCACACACUCUAGGGCCUGUGGCUUUGUGCUGGGUGGUGAACACUGGAAUCCUGGACACUGCUUCCAGUCUGUUCAAAUAGAAGCCAACAAAAACAAACAACCAAAUAAAAACUACCCCAAAACUAAGCCCAUUGCACAGAUUCCUUGUUCUGUUCUCAAGUUCCAACUCCUCCCUCAACUUUGCAUGUUCCAGGACAAUGCUGUGACAUUCCCAGCGCUGCUGAGCACUUGGGCUGGUGUGGGAAACAUUGCUGCUUCCCCAACAGGAAUGGUCUGCUGCCUGCAGACCCACAGGGCUGGGACGGCUGAAGGCCAGAGAACCUCUGGAGCUGCCAAAGCCACCGUGUCCAUCCAGCCCUGAGAACCUCUGGAGCUGCCAAAGCCACCGUGUCCAUCCAGCCCUGAGAACCUCUGGAGCUGCCAAAGCCACCGUGUCCAUCCAGCCCCCCUGAGGCACUGACAGAGCAGCCACUGCCACCAGCACAGCUCCAGCCUGGAAUGGUAGCCCUGAGUCCAGCUGCCAGGAGCUGGAUGAGCCAUGGGCAGUGAAGAACAGGACUCACCCCCAGGUCAUCCUGUAAAUGGCAGAGCUCCUCACGCAGAUUCUUGAACGUGGAAAGCACAAGUCUCAGGGAUUUGUCUGAUGUCGCUCUCAUCUGGGAGGGGAGAAAUGAAAAGGAUAAUUGGGAUUAAUUAGGCAGCUUUGUUUACAAUAUUCCUGACAAGAGGUAGAACAGAAACUGCUUUACAGCUGACAGUAACUUCUAAAACCAUUGCACAUCCUUUGAAGUGCCCACAGUUUCUACAGGAAACAUUUUCAUUGCACUUUGUUCUGCAAAUGCCAGUGUUCAAUUUCUGCCUUGUAAUUCAGGACAAUGUUGUUAAAAGUGAAAGGAACAACAGGGUAAGGAACUGCCUUUGUACACCAAUAAAGGGAAAAAUAAAUGUGUUAAUAUUGUACAAUUAUUAUUUGAGCUUUCAAUGUUUUGUGCUUACACUGAUUUUUGAAAAUUACUGCCCUGCUUGAAAAGGCACAGAGGAAUGAGCCAUGUUUGAGAUCUGGCAAAGCUUUGGCUCAUGAGUGAAGGAAUUUAAUUAACAUUUUAAAAAAUUUAAAUUGAAAAAGCUCAUACAGCCAACUCCUCCCUUUAAAAGGAAAAAGAUCCUAAAGAUGAAAGGAGUCAACUGGAUGAAAGAAAACAAGAAGUGACCACAGCCCAACACACUUCUCCUUUGGAAUGCUAAUUUUAAUGCCUCUAAUAGCUGUGUAUUGAUUCAGGUGAAAACAUAAAUUUUUGUAUUUAAUGAUAUAUUAAUAAUAUCUAAAAGAAGAAAAACAGGCUUUGAAAGGACACACAAAAUAACUCCUCAAGUUUUGACUCUCGUGGAAGGACUGAAUAUUCUGUGCAAAAACUGUAGUAUUUUCUUUUCUGGACAAAAGUGAAACCCUCCUGUGUGUUCCCUUAACAUGGAAGAAUGACCUCUCAUGUUCUCUAGCCAUAUGGGGAUUGGCCCUUGCCCAAUUGUUUAUCCCCACUGGUGCCAGGUGUGACUGAGACUUCAUUCCUAGUGUAACUCACCUUUUUGUUUGUUUUGUAAUUAAAGCACGAAUUUCACUUUUGCCUUA